AGAGCCCGCGCUUCGUUUUUCGCUGCUGUAAACACCAUUUUGUGAAACCUUUUUUAAUCGUGUAAAUCGUGUAAUCGUAAAUUAAACUGCCAUGGAGAUUAUGAAUCCAGGCCCGUCAUCUCAACAGACAACGGUGGCCGAUAAGUUACGUUCGAAAGAUGCUGCACGGCGGUUUAAAUACGGUUCACCGAAACUGGUCGAUAUGAUGCGCGAGAAAUGCCGGAUCCGUAUCAAGGAAGCACGCAAUGACCAGUUUUUGAAGAAACGUAACAUCAUGCUGGAGGAGAAAUCGUUCCUGGAAUCCAUUGUGCGGGAGGAACUUUCCGAGCUGGAACACGACAUAGCGCUGCAGGAACUGAUCUACAAGGAGCUUAUGGAGGAUACGGAGCAGUGGUUGUUUUACGAGCAAGCGGAAAAUUAUCUCAUCGAUUCUUAUGACACCGAUACAGUGUUUUGUCCCAUAUGCGAACACAACGUGCUGCAGCUUGAUAGCGAAGCCAAGCGGCUCAGCUGUUCCUGCGGUGUUCUGCUGCAAUACGAAGGAACUAUGGAAACGUUCGGCAAGCUUGUAUCAGAAACGAUUGCACAACACGCCACUCGUUGCGCCAGUAAUCUACAGUUUUUUACCGAACCUGUCGUAGAUGUAGAUUUCGUCCAACUAAACGCUUUCUGUCUUGGAUGUGACUUUUACCGCGAUCUGACGAGUUAAAAGUCGCUCGUGAAGAAAGGUUAUUUUGAGUUUUGUUAUUUUGUACGCCAAUCACUUUUAAAAUCUUGCAGUCUAUGAGUCCCUCUACGUUUUAAUAAGAUAUUUUUCGUAUUACAUGAAUCCAUCUUCAAGUUGACGAUUAGAUGUAAAACUUUUGUAAAAUAAAUAUGUUUGCUGUGUGUGAUACAUUGAA